UCCAAUAUGAUGAGAGGUAAAAAGCUAAAUGAUUAGGUGAUCGAUUGACCGCCUGGGGGAUUCCGAAGCGUAAUCUGCCACAAUCUAAUAGCUACCUUUGUCUCGCGAGGGACUGACGUAUAAGAGACAUUAUAUUACAAUACUGCUUAUUGCAAUCACUGUUGCUUGAUAGAGGAGGACUGAAAUACCAAAGAAGAUCUGGUUCGACAUACCUGUUACCUGUUACCUGUGGCUAACCUGCCGGGCAUACAGUAGAGGCCAGGCACAUCCUGCAUGGUACAUACGCUAAAGGAGGACCGUGAGCCACAAUAGUUGGGACUGACGCGACAUAUAUACGAUGAGUACAGGUGGAAUUCAUGAGGUCCUUGGCUACUGACAGAAUAACCACUACGUGCACUACAACUUUCAUUUGCGCAGGUGUUGGUACUCCGUAGUCCUUUGUUAUCGACAGCGGAACAUUUGAAACAGGGAACUGAAGGAUAUCUUUCUUAAAGAACCUAGGCAAAAGGAACUUGAAGUUGGAGACACGGUAGUUGAGGACAGUUUUAAGUGCGAUUGUUUAUUGAAUAAAAUCGUAGAUAAAACAGGGUUGCGUUUGCGUAACUCAUUCAGGAAGUAGUUAACCCAGUGUUACUGCUUUUAUUUGAAUUUAAUGAAGUCAGUUUUAUCCAGAGUGAAGCGAGACUGCAUUACAGAGCUAUGAUUACAGUUAAUACCUUUAGAUUACUGACGCCUAAUGAACUUCUUACAACGGAAGGCAGUUCCAGCUUUUCAAUUACCUGGAAACGAUUGUAGAAUGAUGGAUAUCUAGAAGGAUGGCAAACGGAAACCAAUUUUCGAGGAAGGCUCCUACAGGAUGCCACUAGAUGAUCCUGUUAAGAUGUCUUACGUCGACCAGAUCCUCGAUUAUAUGAAUGACGCGAAUGAGAACAAUAACGAAACAAUUGAUUUCAGCCAGCCAUGCGUGCGCAAGUCCAUUCGCUACGUUUAUCCACUCUUCGUAUUUCUUCACGUGCUCAUUGCGAUCGUAUCAGUGAUCGGAAACACAUGGUUGUUGAUCAUUGUGAUAAGAAGGGGGUUUUAUUCCGACCCAACCUUCUUUUUCUUGGGAAAUUUGGCGCUCUCUGAUCUGAUCAAAGUGUUAUUCGUUCUCCCAGUCACUGUUGCAAAUUUACUUCUUCGGAACUGGCUUUUUGGAAGUUUUCUAUGCUUCUUUCUUCCGAUGAUGCAGUACUUUCCAGUCCACGCUACCAUGAUUACCCACAUAAUGAUCGCCAUUGAUCGCUAUCGUCUCAUAGUGUAUCCAGUAAAGUCUCGUCUACCCGCGGGACUGUGCGUGAUUGCCAUUUGGUUGAUAUCAAUCUGCGCAGUUUUGCCAUACGCUGUCUAUAUGAAAUAUUUGGAUCUGGAAUCAGUUAUCGGUCCUGCAUUCAAGGGAGUGGGGAUAUGCUGGGUCAAUAUAGAGCGCCAUAUUGAAAAAUAUAUGAGGGCAAUGUUUGUGGCGAUGUAUGCACUUCCCCUUGCCAUCAUUGCUUUCUUGUAUGUGAAAGUAUCCGCCGAGUUCAAGUCUGGAAAUGAUACAUCAGUUGACCAUAUUCAUUGCUCACGCCUUCAGGACAGUGGGGAGGCCAUGCCGGAAUCACGGUUGACUUGGUCUACAAGUGAUAGCGACCAUAGAUUGGAACAAGACGCGCCGAGUGAUGGUUCCCAACAGCCUGUCAUUAAAGAUAGAGAUAAAACUAACAUCACGAUUACUCAUGAAUCGGAUGAUGAACUGAACAUUGUGAAAGAGAAAAGAACACAGAAAUACAUGAUCACGAUGGUCGGGCUGUUCGCUGUGUGUUGGUGUCCAUUAGAAAUCCUUUCGAUUGUCACACAUUUUAUUUAUGAGGACUUUGAGAAUGAAGGUGGGUUCAUAGUUACGUACUUGACAUUCACGUGGUUUGGAUUCCUAUCAACAUCGAUUAAUCCAAUUUUGUUUGCAUCGUGGCGGAUGUCGUCUGCGACAAAAGAUCGUCUGCGAGGAUAUUUCCGGUUGAGCAACAGACGUCGAAGUUCUUCACAUGACUCUUAUUGUCGAAAUGGAAAUACAUACCGACCGAAUGAUACAACUGAAACGUCAGUUACUAAUUAAGCUUGACCAUUCCUCAUCAGACUGCAUCUGAACAAAGAUUUUUUCAAGUCCGUGGUUGAUAUAUACAAAAAGUGAAUGUUGGCACUGUCUACUUAAUCUAUGUACAGUGAACCCACAAAACAA